UCUGAAACACCGCGCUCAUGUGACGUCGGUAAAGUUUACAAUCUGUGAUACGAAAUUCGAGUUAAAACCGCAAAAACAGCUCGUUUUUAUUGAGGAAUAAACCGUGUGUGUGUUCGUGGAGGCUCGUUGAGGUUUCUGUUAUCUAAAUGUAGGGUGUGUUCUGUGUGUUUGAGCAGUUUAUACCGUUUAUAGUUGGUUUUAUUUCAUUCAGCUGAACCGAACUGGUUUGUAAAUAAACAUGGAGCCGACAGACAACACAGAUCCAGACUCUACUGGUCGUGGCGCACAGCGUCGCAACUGGGCUGGAUUCUGGCUUCUCGGAUUGUGCAACAACUUUGCUUAUGUGGUAAUGCUGAGUGCCGCUCAUGACAUCCUGAAAAAACAAGAGUCACAGAACGCCACGGCAUCCAAUUCAGUCACGCUGGCUGUGGACAUCCAAGCUGGGAACAGCAGCAACAGCAGCAGCUACGACUGCAACCCAGUCUCUACUGCGGCUGUGCUGUUGGCUGACAUCCUCCCAACUCUCGUCAUCAAGCUGUUUGCUCCCUUUGUGAUCCACAAACUGCCUUAUGGUGUCCGAGUGUUGUUCUGCGUGGUCAUGGCGGCAACGAGUUUCCUCCUCGUAUCCUUUUCCUCGGCUGUGUGGAUGAGCAUUCUGGGAGUGGUCUUUGCCAGCAUCAGUGCAGGACUGGGAGAACUGUCCUUCCUCUCUCUCACUGUAUACUUCAGCAGGGCUGUACUGGGCGGUUGGGGCUCCGGUACUGGUGGCGCUGGUGUUGCUGGCUCCCUCCUCUACUCGGGUCUCAUCCAAGCCGGCCUCUCGCCCCGGAUCACCCUUCUCAUCAUGCUGGUCGUCCCGUUGGCCAUGCUGGUGAGCUAUUUCUUCCUGCUGGUUCCUCCACCUUCAUUCCCUCAGUGGAAGAGCAGCGACUCUGAAUAUUCAGCUGUGGGCUCAGAGGAGAGACGGCAGCUGAUGGAUGAUUCCCCAGAAAACAGGACCGCCAGACUCCUCACUUUCACGGAGAAACUGCAGGUCAUCAGAGGUUUGCUCAAGUUCAUACUUCCUCUGGGUCUGGUCUACUUUGCCGAGUACUUCAUCAACCAGGGUUUGAUGGAACUCCUAUUUUUCCGCCCCUUCUUCCUGACGCAUGCAGACCAGUAUCGCUGGUACCAGACGCUCUACCAGGUCGGUGUGUUGUUCUCUCGGUCCUCCCUCUGCUGUGUAAAGAUCAGGAAACUGUGGGCUCUGUCUUUACUACAGGUGGUGAAUGCCGUGUUUCUCCUGUUCGCUGUUCGUUACCUGUUCCUGCCCAGCGCCUGGCUGGUGUUUGUUAUUGUCCUCUAUGAGGGUCUGCUGGGUGGAGCUGCUUAUGUCAACACCUUCUAUUUCAUCAGCAAGGAGACUGAGGACAGAUACAGGGAGUUUGCGAUGGCUGCUGCCAGCGUAGGAGACAGUCUGGGCAUCGCUCUGGCUGGACUCGCAGCUUUCCCCGUCCACAGAUACUUCUGCUCCCUAUGACUGAGCCCACACACUGACCGGCAGCAUGAAUAAGCAAGACGUGGGUGCACUGCAUUUGAUGGACUUUUUUUUAUUUUUUUUCACUGAAAUGGGUUACAGACUGACCUGAAAAAAGCAGACUUCACUCCUACGUACAAACAUCGAUUCCACACAGUGUAUAUAAUGCAGAUUUAAAAUAAACAGCAAGUGAACCUUAUAGAUAGAUGUGAACUCACUUAUUAAUUUUACCCUCCACCACUGACCGACUGUUGCUGCGUUCUGGAAUACACAGACUUUUUUUUUAUUUGUUUGCAGUGAAGAAGUCUUCAAAAUGUAAACUCAGAGCAGAUUUGAUAUGAAAAUGCAACUCUGAAACCAAAAAUGGUACUAAAAUGAGUAGCAAAGGCCUCAGGUGACAACACCUAUGAUUAUAACUUUAAAAUGUUUUAUUUGUAUUUACUAUUAUCACGAUGUCGAACCAUUGAUUCCUGACUGUUGACGUUAUAUUUUUUGGCUUAACACAGUUGAACUAAUGGCAACAGAAGAGAAGCUAGAAGCUCUCUAGUAGAUAAAACUCUCAUGGUGCCUUUUUAACAGCCUUUUAGUUCAGGUUAAUUCUUAACUAACUGACAUAUUGUUGAGUUUAUUGUGCUUUUAAAUCACUAGUACAAUUAAAACAGGCCCUUAACUGAAGUGACUCCGGAUGCUUUCCAUUAUAAGUUUGUAUCAAAGGGAACCGGAGUAUUUUUAUCUUGUAAAACUUCAUGUUUUAUCUACGGUUGUGUAGCAAUAUGAAAACCAGGACCAUGACAAGAGCUUUAACAUGUUAUAUAAUACUGUUCAAAAGCUUGAGGUCACAUUAUUUUUGAAAGAAAAUAUUUUUUUUCAAUGAACAUUAAAUGGAUGAUAAAUCCAGUGUAGACAUUGUUAAUGUGGUAAAUGACUAUUGUAGCUGUAAACAGCUGAUUUUUAAUGGAAUAUCUCCAUAGGGGUACAGAGGAACAUUUCCAGCAACCAUCACUCCUGUGUUCUAAUGCUACAUUGUGUUAGCUAAUGGUCCUGAAAGGCUCAUUGAUGGUUAGAAAACCCUUGUGCAGUUAUUUUAGCACACGGAUAGAAGUGGGAGUUUUCGAAGGAUAUCUCUGAAGAGGUUUCAUAAAAAGUAGUGCAUUCUUUCUAGGGCACUGUUUUGCACAAGUUCAGCUUCUUUCAUUCCAAAAUCUCACCUUUUCUGAAGUUUUAACGUUUAAAAAUGUGAUUUUACUCUGUUACUACUAAUGUGUACAUUCCUGCUGACAUUUUAACGACCAUGUUGUGCUGCUACUGCUGAAUGACGACUUUAAUUUUGUUUGUUUAGCCUGUCCUGAGUUUAACAUGAAUAGAACAGUGAGAUUUACCUUUGACUUACUUCAGUGUAAUUGAUUUUCUGUGUAUAAAUAAAUAUUCCGGGGGCUGGU